GCGGGCGGCGGUCUUUGCGUGCGCUGCGCUCCGGCCGGCGGCUACGGGCGGACACGGGGCCAGGCCGGCGCAGGAGCUGAGUUUCUGCAAAGUUUGACCUGGUUGCCUUUCCGAUGCUGCAGCAGAGCGAGGCAACGCGGGGCGCGCCAGGCGGCUGCGGCGCGGCGGUGGGGCUGAGCGGCUACAGCACGCUCACAAUGAUCAUAAAAUAAAGCAGGCGCGCGGGGUGGGGGCGAGAGAGCCCCGAGCCUCACCCCUCCGCCCCCGGCCACCCCCUAGCAGCCCCGAGCUAGGAGGGCGUGGGGGCCGGGGGCGCCCACUCCGGCGCCAGACCCCAGUAGAGCUAAAGGACACUGCUUGGGGAAGUGGGGGGGCGCCCCGAGGACGUGCCCGCGGCGGGUUCAGGGCGUCCGGAGGGCGGCAGCCCGGGCACGCGGAGCGGCCCGAGGGGCAGGUCCUCGGCGGUCGCGGCGAACCAGGCGGCGGCCCGAGCGCAGCCCUGGGGCCCCGCACGGCGACAGUGACAGCGGCGAGGGGACGCGGCGUGCCCGCGAGUGGUCGCCGACGGGGAUCCGCGCCGCGCUCCUCGGGGACCCCGCGGGAGCCGGGCGCUCGCCUCCUGGAAGCCCCCGAGGGCGCCCAGACCUCGGCGGAUUGAACAGAAACUGCUCUUCCAUUGAUUCGGCCGGGCUGGGCGACCGGCCGGGUGCGUGUGCCCCGAGCGCGUGCGGAAGGCAGAAGGGCAGGAAGUCGGUCUUCUGCAGCGAGGGUGGCGGCACCGCGCAGGCGACGGAGCCUUCCUUAUUUAUGUGCCUGCCGGCAUUUGCCUUCUUCGCCUCAAGACUUCAGGGAGCGUCUCUGAGCUGCGUUCCCCGCGUGUGAGGCACAGAAGGAAGGGCUGGAUGUCUGAACAACAUGAUUAUCCAUUAACCUCCAAACUUUUCUUUUUUUAACCCAAAGAAUAUCGGUGAUUUUUGUCCACUGCUAGCAGAAGAAGAGAGAACCCAGGGCCCUUGAAAUGCAGCAAAAUCCUUAUUUAUAAUCAGGCCCGAGGUAGUGAUAUGCAAACCCCCUCUACUCAGUGAAUUUUCUAUCCUAUGGAUAUCAGUCUUGAGAUUUGAGAUUGGAGAGCUGUACCGUCUGCACUGGGUCCGGCAGCCUCCAUCCUUUCAAUGCCCGAUUUUCUCUGGGACUGCUGGCCUUCCCUGGAGAUCAGACUCGUACUGUGUGCCAUGGGCUGUAUUCAGAGCAUCGGGGGCAAAGCCAGAGUCUUCCGGGAAGGCAUCACGGUGAUCGAUGUCAAGGCCUCUAUCGAUCCCGUCCCCACCAGCAUCGAUGAGUCCUCCAGCGUGGUGCUCCGCUACCGGACACCCCACUUCCGUGCCUCGGCCCAGGUGGUCAUGCCGCCCAUCCCCAAGAAGGAGACCUGGAUAGUUGGCUGGAUUCAGGCGUGCAGCCACAUGGAGUUCUACAACCAGUAUGGGGAGCAGGGCAUGUCUAGCUGGGAGCUCCCAGACCUCCAGGAGGGCAAGAUUGAGGCCAUCAGCGACUCGGACGGGGUGAACUACCCCUGGUACGGCAACACCACGGAGACCUGCACCAUCGUGGGCCCCACCAGGAGAGACUCCAAGUUCAUCAUCAGCAUGAACGACAACUUCUACCCCAGCGUCACGUGGGCCGCGCCCGUCAGCGAGGGCAGUGCGGCCAAGCUGACCAGCGUCUACCGGGACCAGAGCUUCAUCACGUGGCUGGUAGCCACCAACACCUCGACCAACGACAUGAUCAUUCUGCAGACACUGCACUGGCGCAUGCAGCUCAGCAUCGAGGUGAACCCCAGCCGGCCCCUGGGCCAGCGCGCCCGGCUGCGGGAGCCCAUCGCCCAGGACCAGCCCAAAAUCCUGAGCAAGAAUGAGCCCAUCCCGCCCAGCGCCCUGGUCAAGCCCAACGCCAACGACGCUCAGGUCCUCAUGUGGCGGCCCAAGUACGGGCCGGCGCUGGUGGUGAUCCCGCCCAAGCACCGGUAACAGCCAGGGCACCCGCGAGGUGACACGCAAAUAAUAACACCACGCAAACAACCCGCACGGACUCUGCAGUCGUUCAGCAAAAUACAACCUUUCUACCUUCUCCAGCGGGCGGAUCUCACUGUGCGAGCGCGCGGGGAUGGCCCCCCGCCCUCCUGGGACCUGCUUCCCUGGCGGAGGGGGGAGACCCAGGCGGGACCGACCACUCCACGUGCGCCCUCAGUGUCACCUUGGGUCUCCUUUCCUCGCCUCGCAAUUUCCGUCAUUCACUUGCAACAGACUCCCUGAAACAACUGCUUUUUCCGUUCCUUUUUUUUUAACGCCUCUUUAAGAGGUUCAGGGGUGGGACGAGGAGGAGCUGGUGAUGAGCCUGGUCGCACCGCACCGGGGCUGAUCCCACUGGGGCUGAUCCCACCGGGGCUGAUGCCACCGGGGCUGACCCGCGGCGGCCCCGCCCCGCCCCGCCCGGGCAGCUCCCCUCAUCCUCUGUCACGCGGCCUUAUGUAGACUUGCUUUGCCAAACUUUUGCCUUAAGCCGAUUUUAAAGGAAAAAACCGGAAACAAAGAGAGCAGUUUGUCUUUUCUGCUGGACUUUGCAUCUUCCGCCAGAGGUGAGGGAGGAGGGGGUUGGGCUACAGAUUUAGAUCUAAAACCGGCUGCUCAUUCUUCCGUUUUAGCUGAGCCGAAACCACAGGCAGAUUCUGCCCCCUAAGUCCCUUCUCUCCACCCCAGGUAGAACCCUUACCCUACUCCGUGCCUGCAGAGACAAGCUGUGAGCUCGGGCUCAGGGUAGAUCUGCGGGGGGGCUUCUCUCUCCUCUCUCCUCUGCAGCCGGAACUUGCCUUGGGUGGGCCUAGGAGCAGAGAGGGAGGGUCCCGUGAGUUAUAGGUUGAGCCCAGGGAAUUCCCACCGUCUCGGUCCUCAGCGCCCAUCGCCAGCUGGCUCUGUCGGCACAUCUCAGUGGGCAGCUUUUCUGUUUCCAUCCACACUGUCCCAAACGCCUGGAGGGCCAGCCACCUUACCCAGCUGUAGUUCAAAGGUAAGAAGGCCUGCCCUUGCCGCCCAGCACCUUCUCGGGGACGCCCCUCCCGGGCUCUCCGGGGGGUGCCUGCAGAUCGGCUCCAAGCACCGCGGCACUGCAGGUGAGGGUACCCACAGAUGGGCAUGCCUGGACCUGGUAAGGCUGGGGAGGUGGGAGGCAAGGGGCAGACCCCCUGCUGCCGGCCCUCACAGAAGCGAGCCAGCACCCACGGCCAGGGUGAUGAAGUGAGCCUGGGGUUGAGGCUGGUCCUUGAGGUCACCCUCCUUCGGGUCCUGGGCCCUCUGGAGCCCCAGGACCUGGUCCUGAGUGUCGCCAAGCUUUUAUAGCAAUGUCUGCCUUGAAGGCUGCUUGCAGGAGCUGAGGGGGGACACCCUGCUGAGGGAGGCCCCCUUCCUCCAAGCUUGACAAACCCACAGCUACAUCGCCUGGGUUCCUCAUUCAGACCGAUAAUGAUCAAGCCCAGAAGACUGUCAGAUGAGAGAAAUAAUCCAUCUCUGCUGCAACUGAGCCGUACGCAGGAGCCCCAGGGACAGCGUGGGCGGGCGUGGUUCACGAGUCCUUGCUCUGCUCCUUUACCCACGGGCUACUGUAUUUAUUCGAGGGGUGCUUAACGUCCAGCCAUCGCCCGAGUGCCCCGCUCCUGACGGGACGCGUGCGGCUCUCCUGGAAACUCUGGACGGGAAACAGCUUCGUGCGGCCCGGCUGCCGGCCUGGUGCUUUGGGAACCCCUGUCAGGACUGGGACCUUCCCCCUGGAAAGUGCCAGUUCCCCCUGGUGUGUUCGGAGGGAGGCCUGCCACCCAGAGAGGCCACAGCCUCAAGUGAGGGGCAUGAUGGGUCCCAGCUCCCCCUCUGGGCACAGGCUGCGGAGGGGUCAGGGUGGCGGUGGCCGGCUGCCGCGGCCGGGACCUGGCCUCCUGAUGGCACGGCCCUUCUCUGCACUCAGGUCUUUCUUGCACUACAAAGGAGAAAGGGCCCUGGGUGAGGGGUCAGGGACCGGAGUGCUGGUUCUGGGCUGGGUCAUCGCUAAGGAGUUCUUACUAGGGUAGGGGUGGGCGUAGGAACCAACAGUAAGUGGUGGUCCUGAGCUGUCUGGGGGCAGAGUCCCCCAAGCCCGCCCGCGCUUCCUGCGUGUGAGCAGGCCCUGGGCAGGGGCCCACGGCUGGGCCCAUUGGGAGGAGCCCUGCUGCUCCGCCCCGCCCCUCACUGCCCGGCCCCUUGCUCUCUGCCCCUCCUAGCCUUUCGGAAGACAGGGCUGGGAGGGCCCUGGGGAGGCUCCAGGUCCCACUAAGGAAGCUCGGCUUAGCUUGGGUCUGGUCCCUCGGCUUCUCAUGUCAGGAACGCAGAGCGCAGGCUUCUCACCUGGGUCCCCGAUCCCUCUGGUGUCCCCCUCCCCGGCGUGGACACACUCCUCCAGCAAUAAGGACCGUCUGUGGUCGUGGAGAGUACUGUGAAAACAGACCAAUGCACUUACUAGGAGGCACAAGACUCUUGAAGAAAAUGUAAAAUGAACCUUUUUAAAACAACAACAAAUAUUCACAAAGAGAAAUAAAAUGUAAUUUUCAAGUA